ACCAAAAACACAGCAAAGACAAGGAGACCUGCUGAAGCUACAGACAGCACAAGUCGUAACGAGCUGUUGAAGUCAUGAGGAAAGACAACAUCCUGACCUUUGCUCUGCUGUGUGUUUUCCAUGAUUGGACUUUUAGUGUGGACUCAACUGCGGUUAAUCCCCAUCGGCAUCGUCGUGAUCCCUAUGGUACUGACCAAACAGUACAAUUAUCAAUAGUCCAUGACUCUGUUGAUGACAUGUAUUCCAGCUGCACUCAAAAAACAUUAGAAAAGCUGAACACAUAUCUUUCAAGUGAAACCAACAUAGACGGGAUCUUCAAGAGGGCCUGGAGUAAGGCAGAAAGUUGUGCAGAAGAUGUGGAGAAUCGAUUCAAAAAGGACAAUUCUGAGUACAAUUCAGCAGAACUUGCACACGAUCAUAUCAAGGCUAUCUGUGCUUACUCAGCAGGUGAACCCAAGAUACACGACGAGUUCAACAAAGCAGUCCUCUCCGAGAAGGAUGAGUACAAAACCUCCUUCCAGUUCCACUCCCUGCAUUUCCUGCUGACUGAUGCUCUCCGCCUCCUGAAAAAACAACAACAGGGCUGUCAUAAUACAUUCAGAAGAACCAAAAAUCAUUUUAAAGGUGAAGUUAACAAGGAAAUCCGAUUUGGCUUCUUUGCUUCCAGCAGUACCGACAAGGGACAUUCAACAUUUGGAGACAAGUCCUGCUUUGAGAUAGAGACAUGUUUUGGCGCUGACCUGAAGUCCUACCCCAAACUGGGGAAUCAUGAAAAGGAGGUGUUGAUUCCACCGUAUGAGGUGUUCAAAGUUACUGAUGUGCUGAAGAAAGAAAAUAAUCAAAAUCUUUGGUGUGAUGUUGUGUACAAACUAGAGAGUAUCAAAACACUGAGUAACCUGAAUUGCGAAAUGUUUAAGACAAUUUCUAAUGAAGAAAAUUAAUAUUGAGUCAUUGUCCCUAAAGAGGAUUUAAUUUAAUUGAAAAUUGCUUGGUCAUUCUGUGGUGAUUUAAAAUAAAAAAAUACAAUUAUG